CUCACCAAGUCUCACCGGCAGGGUCACAUGGUGAAAGUAGACUGGCUGGACAGACUGACCUUUCGAGAAAUCGAGAUGAUCAACGAGGAUGGCGAUGAGUCGUCUCCGAUUUUAACCAGCUCGGAGAUCGUGAAGGUUCCUGAUCCCCAGAUGUCUAUGGAAAACUUGGUAGAAAGCAAACACCACAAACUGGCUCGGAGCUUACGGAGCGGACCCUCCGAUCACGAUCUCAAGCCCAAUGCUGCAACGCGAGAUCAGCUAAAUAUUAUUUUGAGCUAUCCUCCAACGAAGCAGCUGACAUAUGAAGAGCAGGAUCUCGUCUGGAAAUUCCGAUAUUAUCUUACUAACCAAGAAAAGGCUUUGACAAAAUUCUUGAAAUGUGUCAACUGGCACCUCCCGCAAGAAGCCAAGCAGGCCUUGGAGCUUCUGGGCAAGUGGAAGCCGAUGGACGUGGAAGACGCACUGGAGCUUUUCUCCUCUCAGUUUACCAACACCACAGUGCGCCGUUACGCAGUCGCCAGAUUGCAACAAGCUGACGACGAGGAUCUUCUGAUGUACCUGCUACAGCUCGUCCAGGCACUGAAAUAUGAAAACUUUGAUGACAUAAAGAACGGGUUGGAACCCACAAAGAAGGACAGCCAGGGUGCCAUGUCAGAGAGCAUGGCAACGUCUGGCACGACAACGGCAGAAGAUCUUCUGAUGUACCUGCUACAGCUCGUCCAGGCACUGAAAUAUGAAAACUUUGAUGACAUAAAGAACGGGUUGGAACCCACAAAGAAGGACAGCCAGGGUGCCAUGUCAGAGAGCAUGGCAACGUCUGGCACGACAACGGCAGAAGUAGACAG